AUGUCAAGCCCACCAUGGGAUUUCAUUGCGAAGCUCGUCUGCAUCGGUGACUCAGGCACAGGUAAAUCGAGUCUCACUGUCCGCCUUUGCGAGGGCCGUUUCAGCACUACCCAUGAUGUGACCAUCGGAGUAGAAUUCGGUUCAAGAAUAGUGCCGGUUGGCCCACCAGCGUCAGAUGAAAUAGGAGUCAACUUCGACGAUACCUCUCUAGCAUCAACCCCAUCUGCUCUCUCACCGUCAGCAUCGUUCGCAGGCACCAUCAAUAACCAGGCUGUCAAUAAGAAUGGGAAGCCUGGCAGUGAGAAAUCCAUCCCUCCGUCUCCAAGGAGCCUCUCCGGGCUCCCUCCACCCCCAAUCAAGCCUUUAGAACCCCCAGUUCAAAAACGCAUGAAGCUAUCUCUCUGGGACACAGCAGGCCAGGAAACAUACAAAUCUAUCACAAGAUCCUAUUUCCGCGGUGCAUCCGGCGCCCUGCUAGUAUUCGAUAUAACUCGACCCCCAACAUUUGCUUCUUUGACCCAAUGGCUUCAGGACCUGCGGCAGAUCGCCGAAGAGCGCAUCGUGGUCAUCCUGGUCGGCAACAAGAGCGACCUCGUCGACGACUCAAAGGGCAAAGAAAGAGAUGCUGAUAACCCCGACACUAGUGCCGAUACUAAUACAGAUAAUGAUAAUAACAAACAACAGCGUGUCACACGCGAGGAGGCGGAGGAAUGGUGCAGGCAGAACAACGUCGUCAGAUACGUUGAAACAAGCGCCAAGUCAGGCGAGAAUGUCGAGAGAGCGUUCCGUGAAGUGGCAGAACGAAUAUACAGAAAUAUACAGCACGGCAGAUAUGAUUUAAAUGACCGACGGAGUGGAGUCAAGGGGUACGGCGCCUCAGCUGGGCCGGGAAACGGACGUGUCCCACGAACCGUUAACCUGGGUGUCAACGACGCCAUGCGGAGAGGUCAUCGUGGAUGGACAGGCGGAUGCUGUUAA